UUUUCAAACUUGCAAUAGCUUCAACAUCCCAGUUUUGUAUACUCUUAGAUAUUUACAAAAUGUUUUCACCCAAAUCCAAAAUAGGUUUUAUGUAGGCUACAUUUAUUUUGAAAGUUUAGAACUCAAGUAUUUCUAAAUUACAUUAUCUUGACCCUCAGAAACUGGUCCCUAGUUUUGGUAAAAUUGUAGAGAUCCGGCAAUCUAAAUUUUUUCACAUGUUCUUUGAAGCUCCAAAAUGCAGUCCGAUAGCUUGUUGCAUGUUGCCAAUUUCAGCACAUUGUUUAUAUGCAUGGUGCUAAAGUUUCCGCAGAUUUUUGCUCUGAUGCGAGCGAAAUCAUCGACUGGAGUGAGCCUGAACAGUCUUCUCCUCGAGUUGAUCGGGUUCAUUGUUUUUGUAACAUACCAGAUGUACUAUGACUACCCACCUCCAACAUACCUGGAAUAUCCAAUCCUCAUUGCUCAAGAUGUUAUUCUUCUGCUCCUGAUUCUUUACUACAAUGGUAGCCUGCAGCAGAGUGUCAUCUACACCUUGGUGUUGGUCGGGGGUUGGAGGCUCCUCACUGUGGAGAAGUGGAUCAUAGAUUUAGCUAUGAGCUUGUGCACAUUCAUCAGUGCAGCCAGUAAAUUUGCACAGCUGCAAUGCCUUUGGAAGUCUAAGGAUGCUGGACAGGUCAGCGCACUCACCUGGGCUAUGGCUACUUACACAUGUAUUGCACGGAUUUACACCACUGCAGUGACAACCAGAGAUAUGCAGGUUCUGGUGCGGUUCAUCGCCAUGACCUUGCUGAACCUGUGGGUGGUACUCACGGUGCUUUACUACCAGAAGCACAGCGGCAACUCCAAGAAAGAAGACUAAGCAUUAAAGUUGGAUCCUGGAGCUGACUGUGAUGUCACGCUGACCAUAAUAGAUAUAAUCUGGAAGUUCAUUCACCAGAGUUUACUGGGCUACUUUGGACACAGCCAGUAGUGGAAGCCACAACAGUUAUGUCAGCAGUUUUUGUAAUACUGACCCAUAAAAUAUGCUUUUUAUAUUGGGUUUACCUCCAUAUUAAAUCCCCACAUUUUUGACAUUCCAAUGACUCAGUAUCUGCUACAGAAGACCAAUGCUUUUUUUUUAUACUACAUGUGGGGGGAAAAAAUGGUAAUAUUAGCAGUACAAGCCAAGUAUAUCAGAUCUCUUCCUAUUCAGAAUAAAUACUGUUUUGACUAACUUAUUUUCUGAUUUUAAUAAACCAAACAUUUCAACAACUUAAUUUUAACCUAACACUGUGUUCA